GAAUAUAAACCAUCCCGUUCGUCAAUCGCAUCUCCUUCUUUGUCAGCUUCGGGCAUACAAGCUAGGCUUAGGCGCAGUUCUCGCAGUGAAUGCAUCACAUGACCCUCCCUUAGUGGCUUGGCGCUAGUUGAACCCCCAAAUCAGCGACCUCACGCCGUCGCCUCCGCUCCCCAAAGUCACAGAUUCUCCGUUGCUCCUUCCUUCCAUGACGGCCUCUUUACUACUUAAUCUGCUUGCUCUCUGAGCCCCUUCCUUUCAUUCACCCGCUCUACAGCUUUGCAAGCCCCGCCGCGCUUGCUCGCACGCUUGGCGCGUUUUCUCUGCCACCUUUCGGGCAACGCACGCCCUCCAUCCACCUCACCUCACCCGCAACCCAGCGUACCCGCAACAUCAACACCGCGAACGCUCCGCGCGCACUGCUAUUCCUACGCCUGAGCACACCUACGCGCGAUUUCCUCCGGCAGCCCCAACAUGUCGUUUGGGUCUGGCGGCUUCGGGGGCUUCGGCUCCAACAACAACCAGCAGUCCACCUUUGGGGGAUUUGGCUCCAACCAGCAGAGUUCAGGCUUCGGAUCGAACACAAACACCUCCGGCAGCAUCUUCGGCCAGUCAAGCAACACUGGUGGUGGCGCGUUCGGUAGCAACACCAACACCAGCUCUCCAUUUGGAGGCGGAGGUGGCUUCGGUAACAAUACCACGACCAGCUUCGGCUCAAAACCUUUCGGCUCGACUGGCGGCAACCUCUUCGGUGGCAGCUCCACAUCCGGCACCAACUUUGGCGGUUUCGGAGCGACGUCAAGCACCACCUCAACACCGUUCGGCGGCGGCAGCUCCGGCGGCGGGCUCUUCGGCCAGAACAAGCCUGCGUUCGGCUCAUCCGCGACGGGAACUGGCGGUAGCUUGUUUGGAGGAGGCGGCGGCACCGGCAGUGGAUUUGGCUCCAACGCACCAGGCGGCUUCGGUUCCCCCGCGGGCGGCUUUGGCUCAUCGAGCGCCAACACACCCAACAACGGCACCGGGAGCACGCCCUUCCAAGCCUUUACCGAGAAAGACGGUACCGCCAAUGCAACUCAACAAUACCAGACCAUCACCUUCCAGCAGCCGUAUACGAAUUACUCGUUGGAGGAGUUGAGGGUGGUGGACUACAACCAGGGCCGACGCUUUGGCAAUCAGAAUGGUCAAGCGGGCGCCUUCGGUCAGAGCACAGGAUUUGGAGGAUUCGGCACGCCCCAACCCUCUACCGGCUUUGGGUCCAACACCAACACCGGGGGUGGCCUGUUCGGGAACACUAGCAACACGGGCGCCGGCACAGGCUUCGGCUCGAACACGGGGCCGUCAUUCGGCGGCGGCACGAGCGGCGGUGGCCUCUUCAGUCAAAACAAGCCAGGAGGCCUCUUCGGCUCGACAACUACCACCCAGCCGCAGUCAGGCACGUCUGGGGGCCUCUUUGGUAGCACCUCCAACACAGGCGGUGGUUUUGGCUCUGGUGGCGGCGGUUUUGGUUCUUCAACAGGAGGUGGGCCCUUCGGAGGACAACAGAACCAGCAACAGAACAAGCCUUUCGGAGGCUUCGGCGCCGGUACCUCGAACACAACGUCCACUCCUUUCGGCGGCUCAACAGGCGGCUUUGGACAGUCGAAUACCGGCGGAGGACUCUUCGGUCAGCAGGUUCAGACGUCUUCCACCCCUGCCUUCGGCUCGACCACUCAAACUUCCGGCACGGGCGGUGGUCUGUUUGGUAGCACGGGCGGCGCUUUUGGCCAGAACCAGCAGAACCAAAACCAGCCUCAGCAGUCUGGCGGUCUGUUCGGCGGCUUCGGCCAGAGCCAACAAAACCAACAAAAGCCGGGUGGUCUCUUCGGUAGCUCCACCGCGUCUACCGGAGGAGGAGGCCUAUUCGGCAACGCGGGUCAGCAGCAACCGUCAGGCGGACUCUUUGGCAACACACAGCAGAACCAAGGAGGCGGCCUCUUCGGAAAUAAGCCUGCUACAUCCGGUACAGGAGGCCUCUUCGGUGGAGCAGCGGGCACCACAGGAACUGGGGGUGGAGGUCUCUUCGGUGGCAUCGGGACCCAGAACACUCAGCAGAGCUCCGGUGGCGGCCUAUUCGGCUCUGCCAAUGCCCAACAGAAGCCAGCUGGUCUGUUUGGAGGCUCGACCGCUACAAAUGCUGGUACCGGGGGGCUCUUCAGCAAUCUCGGGCAGACCAACCAAAACCAGCCUGCCUUGGGAAGCUCGCUGUUUUCCAGUCAGAACCAGCAGCCGCAGAACCAACAGCCCGCCGGCAGCAGUCUGUUCGGCGCUUCGGGCAGCUCUUUACUGCAAACUUCCAUGAACACCAACCCAUAUGGGAAUGACGCCCUCUUCGCUGGCCUUGCUACGCCGACUCAGAGCCCCGGUCCGCUUGCUACCCCACUGUCCAGCAGCCAGAAGAACAGGAAGAGCGCAAUUCUUCCCCAACACAAAUUGAAUCCCGCCCAGUCGACGCGCCUUCUAACUCCACAGAACAAGCGGCCCGGUGGGUAUGGAUUCACAUACUCGACCUAUGGCACGCCAACCAGCGCGUCUAGCCAGUCCAGCCCUCUCAAUGGCAGCAUAUUUAGCGGUGGCAGCAUCUCUCGCUCUCUCGGAAAGAGCCUAUCGACUAGCAACCUACGCAACAGCUUCACCCCAGACACGAGCAUUCUCGCUCCCGGUGCAUUCUCAACAACUGGGCGCUCAUUCGGCAGCGGCAGCCUCAAGAAGCUGAAUAUCAACCGCUCGAUCAAUUCGCGACCCUCUCUCUUCGAUGAUGCCUCCCCAGCGAAGCGUGUGAGCUUUGCCGGCCCCAGCGAGAACGGUUUGACGAACGGAACCACAGUCAACGGGUCAGCGAGUGGCGCGUUAGUUGUGCGAGACGAAUCUGGCGAUGCUUCACCAACAGCCUCCUCCGCUACUAUCAAUAGCGAGGCAACAAACGGAACGUCAUCACGCCCAGAGAUGGAAAAGGUUAACGGCAAGGAGCUUACACCUGUUCCCGAAAACGGUCCUUUAGCUCCUCGCACUUCUGCCUCGCUGAACAUCCAAAAUGGCCAGGCCCUAGAUCCGAAACCGGGCCCAUACUAUUCAGAGCCACCCAUGGACCAGCUGAAGAAGAUGAGCAAGCGCGAGCUCGAGAGCAUUCCGAACUUCGUCGUUGGUCGUGACAAGAUUGGCAAGAUAGAGUUCAACAAGGGCAAGCCGGUGAAUCUGUCUGAGACUCCCCUGGACAAGAUAUUCGCCGACAUUGUUCUGCUCAACGCUCGCAAUGCCACCGUCUAUGGCGAGCACUGCAGCGUGCCAAAACCUCCACUUGGCUCGGGCUUGAACUAUCCAUCUCGCGUAAUUCUCGGGAACUCAUGGCCCCGCAACAAGGCCGGAAAAAAGGAUGCGAAGCAUGUUGAACGUCUAAAGCGGGUGAAUAACACUGAAUUCGAGGACUACCGUGUCGAUACCGGCGAAUGGAUCUUCUCUGUUCCCCAUUUCUCGUCGUAUGGUUUCGACUACGACGAUGACGAAGACUCUAGUCCGUUGAGCGCCGCACCCGACACCCCCGCUCAGCUUGGGGACAGCCAGUUGGCUGGCACGCCUCAAGACGACUCUUUCGCCAGCCCGACCCAAUCCAGCCCGGAUGAUACCUUUGACUUCAAGAAGGGCAUGCGCAAGCGUGCCAAUGUUCCAGGACAAUUCGGAGACGAAGUUGCUUACGAGGAAGAUGAAGAGAUGGAAGAAACUCAAGGCGAGUCUUUUUUAGGGGAGCGCUCCGUGGGUUCGCUUGAUGGUCAGCAAGACUACACCGAAGAGAGCGGGUCUGAAUCGGCACAAGACCAGAGCAUGGCGGAUUCUGUAUCUGGACCGGUUCAUACCACGGAGCGACCAACCGCGAAAGGUCCAGACCUUUUGAAGGAUUCAGUCAAGCCCAAGUCGAUUCUCAAAGCCAACCAGUCUCUGCGACCGACUAUAGGUACGCCCUCCAAGGUCCAGUUGGCGUUCGAUGAUGACUGGGCAAACGCGCUGCAGCGCACGAUCAGCCCAAAGAAGCAGGAUCGACAAGCUCUACGUGAGAGCCAGGGCCAUGUUCUACAAGAGCGUGAUGGUAACGCAAUGAAAUUGGCGCAGUCAACCAAUGGUACCCUGAAGACACCGAAUCUGAUGGAUCUGACGGGUUCCCUCUUCGGCGAGAUGGACAAGCGAAAGGACUCUUCAAUGAAGAGGACGGGACAUGGCAUUGAGAUUGACGCCCUGGACCUAGUGUCCAUCAUGUAUUUACCAUAUCCGAAACGACCCAAGACAUCGCACGAUCUCGACCAGUUGACCGGCACCGACAAAGACUUCCAUAGCUGUAAUAAGCCCCACUUUAGCGAGGACGGAACACUUGUGUACGCAGACAAGGGUGCCGCAACCCCUAAUGACGACAUCUUCUCCGCUCGCAAAGAUCCGAUUGUCGGAGCCCAGAAAGCCAUUUGCUUCAAGAAGUUGCCGACUUUCCCUGAUGCUGUGCCACCAACCGUGAAUCUGCAGAAGGAGUGGACGAAGGUCUUGCUCCGCACUGACGGAGCUCCCUUUGCGAAGUUACAGACCGACCCCGCCCCUGUGACCUUCGAGCAGAUGGCGGACGCUGUCCCGCUUGGUACAACAGCGGGCGUUCAUGAACAGCAAGCAUGGAAGCUCCUCUCACUCCUCUUUGACGACCUAGAUCAGGCCCCUAGUGACAUGACUCAAGAGUCUUUCACGGAGAACAAGGAACGUUUCCGAAAGGAGAGGCUCUCGGAAUUCUGGAGAACUUUGGUCUACGAGGAUGCAAUGAAGCACGUUCAAGAAGCUGAGACCGCUGAGGAGAAAGCUCUCGUAUAUCUAAGCUGCAACUCCGUUGCCGAUGCCUGCCACGCUCUUCUGCAAGGGCUGGAUCUUCGCCUGGCUACCAUGGUGGCCCAGAUCGGUGGCGACGCUACGACACGCCGAGAUAUGACAUCUCAGAUCGAAGAAUGGCGACGCAUGGAUGUCCUUGCCGAGAUGGAUGAUUCCAUCCGUACCCUCCACGAAUUAGUUGCCGGCAACUGCGCGCAGUCAGAAGGCAAGCUCGGAGGUGGUCGUGAGAACAAGGCCCCUACCUUCAACAUCUCCAGUCGCUUUGGGCUGGAUUGGCGUCGUGCUUUCGGUCUCCGCCUAUGGUACGGUACCAUGCCCGACGAACCCAUUGAGCUAGCCGUUGCACAGUUCGCUGAUGCUCUCCGUGAUGGGAAAGAAGACGCCAAGCCGACCCCUUGGUUCGUUGAGCAAGGCGUCGACAUGGGUUGGAAGGAUCCUGAGGCUGACGACCGCGAGGAUGUGCUGUGGGGCAUUCUGAAGCUCUAUGCCUCUGGGAAAAUGGAGCUACCCGCCAACAUCGAGGAUGUCUUAGCUCCGGAGAACGUCUCAGGCCACCCCAUGAACGCCCGCCUCUCGUUCCAACUUUUCCAACUCUUCAAGUCACGUCAGGACGACGCAGACGAGGAUACUCCCCGCAAGGUUGGCAUGCCAGUUGUUCGUGACGCCGAAGGUCUCCGGUCAUCCUUUAUGUCAUCCAAGGCAUCUUCCGCCGACAAGGAUGACCAAGCAGAGGAUCCUCUGGUCGAGCUUGGUGAUAAGCUCGCCCUCACCUAUGCAGCUUCCCUGCACACCCGAGAAGACUGGACUACAGCUGCCUGGGUCUACACCCACCUCUCCAACCCGGCCAUGCGCGAGCACUGCAUCCGUUCUCUCCUCAACCAGUACUCCAGUACUUACUCCCUCGGCGAUACCGACAAAGUCUUCAACUAUGUGGCAUUUGACCUUAAGGUCCCUGAUACGUGGAUGCACGCCGCCGCAGCCCUCCAAGCCAAGACAGAAGGCAAUGCUCUCCGCCAGGCCAUGCACCUCAUCAAGGCCGACGAGCUUGAAGAAGCACAUGAGGUCUUAUGUCGCAGCGUCGGCCCCGACUCUAUCAUCUCUCGCGACUACGACGCCCUCCGCGAGCUCAUGGGUGGCUUCCUCCCCACCCCCACGAACAGCCCGACUGCUGACCAUGCUUUCGGGCGUUCUUCGAGCCAUCGCAAGGAGCCGGUGCCUGGCUGGAGCCAGGGUGGCCAGAUCUACUUCGACUACAUCGAGCUGCUCGAUCUUACACUGCAACGCUCGUCGUAUCGUGUUGAUGAGGAGCUGAACCAGCGGAUUAGCAUCUUACUAGGGAAGCUGCAGCAUGCGCUGGAGAUUGUAGCAAGGGAUCGCUGGGAGGGCUGUGGGCUUGAGGAGCGGGUGGCUCUCACUGAGAUCGCCGGAACCGUGGCGAAUCUUAUCCCCAAGUACAAGCCCGCUGAGCGCUCGCGAGUCGUCAAGCUGCCACUUACGGAGGAUCUCUGGCUGAAGCACUCAUGCCAACUGAGCACGCAGUACUACCGCAACGUGGUGGCGAGCAGCAAGUAGAACUGGCUGGAUCCGUACGCGGAGAUGUGUCUGAUGCACGUACGGCCGCUUCGGUACGGUCUUCACUGGAACAAUAGUAAGCGCAUCUGGAAUCUGUUUUAUGGGGUGAGCGCGGGAUAAAAAAGUGGGUUUGGUUUGGGUUUGUGUUUGCGGGACUUGUGAAUGCAUGGCUCCUGUUUCUUGCCUAGGAGGCAUUGGCUGAUGAGUGAAGGGGGGAGAGCCAGGCCUCCUUUCGAUUCAGACGUGUACAUUAUGAUUGUGAAAAGAGAAAGAG